UCUAGGAUGCUCCAAAAGCUGUUGUUCAUCUUGACUGUCAUUAAAAUGACAAGCUGCGAGAAUAUACAACUUGAUGGGACGACUAACUUCUCCAUCAGAGUACAAGACAACUUCACUGGAGAGGCCGGUUUGUGCAUCAGAGCGUUCUGUUCUUUCACUGUCCCUCAAAGUGUCUCAAAACCCAUUAGGAGAACAUGGUUCAAAGGAGAUCCACAAAACCCAACUGUUGAAGUUCCUUGUGUUAACAUACUUAAUAUAUAUUUGGGCAAUGAGAUAGAGUGCAGCUUUAUGCUAAACAACUUGGUUCAGGGCGAAUCUGAUGGUGAAUACAGACUGAAACUGGAGUGGGGACAAGGGAAAGUGCAUAUCUUUUCUCAGACAGUGAAUAUUACUGUGAAAGAGCUCACCCAGAAACCAACUAUAAACGUCCCACAACUCACAGCAGGAGAGAAGGCAAAGAUAUCCUGCAAAGUUCCAGGGGAUUGCACGAAUCCAUCGGUAGAUAUUGUUUGGACAGGGAUUGAGCCUGAUGAAAUUAAAACUGUUGUUAGUGCAGUGCCUGGCAGUGUACAGGAGUAUUCAGUAAUGACUUUCCAUCCUGAGCCUGAACAUCACAAUACUAAGCUCACCUGCACAGUCAUUUAUCAAAAAAGCAUACAGACUGAAAGUACUGUGAUCCUUGAAGUAAGAUAUGCUCCUAAAAUCUUGAAUAGCUCCCGUUGUUUGGUGUGGGGUGAUGAAUUGACCUGCAUGUGUGUCAGCAGUGGUGUGCCGUUACCACAGAUAUACUGGCCGAUAUUAGAUGGUAUCAAUAAAUGCUACACUGUUUCAGCAGAGAACACCAUCAGUAUCAGCAACGUCUCCAUUCCUGUUUUCAGUAACAUCAACGCUACUGUUGAAUGUGUCAGUAAGAAUCUCAUGGGUAUGGCAAAAAUGCAAAUUCAGGUCCAGAGUCAUAUUGGAAAACCCAAAGUAAGUUGGAGUUUGUCCACCCCUUGGAUAUUCUUUACCCUUUCAGCUGUUGUAAAUGUCAUCUUUGCUUCCUGUUUGACUGUCGUCCUACGAAGGAGAGAAAAACUUAAGAAACCAAAAGAUGACAACCAUGUCUACAUGACUUCAAUGGCAAGAGAGGAAUCUGCGUAUGAGACAAUCAAAAUGUCUUCAGAGAGAUAUUAGUGCUUUGCUCAGCAGCACAUUACAGCUGAAAUAACAAAACCUUUUCUUUUUUACAAAUAUUUUGGACUCUAUUUUUUGCUUAUGUUAAGGGCAUAGUCCACCCAAAAAUUACAAUUCUGUCAUCAUUUACUCACCCUCAUGCUAUCCUAGUAUAACAUCAAAGUACUGCGAGAGUGAUUUGAUAUCAGACGGCUCCACAUAGCGGCAUAUGCUUUCGAUGCUCACUUAUAUAGUGAAAUAUUAUGACAGCUGACUAGUGAGCACAUUUUACUGGUCCUCACUUGUUAAAAACAUGUUUUUUUAUUUAAAUCUAGUGUUAUGCACAUUUCUAUGAUAAGCAAGUUUAGGGAGAAUGGUUGGGUUAGGUGACAGAAAAUAUCAUUACCCUGAUAAUCAGUGCAAGUCUAAACAAUGUUCUCUGUCUUUACUUGAGACUUUACUUGAGGGGGUACAUCAUAAUUAAUUCACUGUUAAAGGGUUAGUUCACCCAAAAAUGAAAAUAAUGUCAUUUAUUACUCACCCUCAUGUUCUAAACCUGUAAGACCUUUGUUCAUCUUCAGAACACAAAUUAAGAUAUUUUUGAUGAAUCCGAUGGCUCAGUGAGGCCUCUAUUGAGAGCAAAGCCAUUGAAACUCUCAAGGUCCAUAAAGGUACUAAAAACAUAUUUGAAACAGUUCAUGUGAGUUCAGAGGUUCUUAUAAUCUUAAUAUUAUAAAGUGACAAGAAUGCUUUUUGUGCCGUAUCAUUAUGGCCUGCGACUGGAUGGAGAGUGAAUACUGAAUCUGAUCCCAGCAAACGUUCCCUGACCGAUUCCUCAGGAACUGUUGUAAGUCACAGUAGGUUUAGUUUGAUGGGAAAGAAUAUCACAAAACAGAUGAAGACCUUUUAAGAUAAAUUAUUAGUGGAUUUAGUAUUUUAUAUGUUUGAUAUAAGGAGGAUCAGUGAAAAUAAUGACAAACUAAUCCUGUGCCUUUCAGUAAUGUUUAUAACGAAGCUGCUGAUGUCAGUAGUUUAAAUUAUGACAAUAAUAAAUUGUUUUUAUUUAUUUUAAAGUACAAAUAUUUCUUAUUCCUUCUCAUGGAGAGUGUUUGAUUUAGUUUAGUUUAAUGCAUUAAUUAUCAAACAUGUAUUAGCGUAGUUAAGGCUGCUGUUUUCAUGCAUGAAUCCUUAUGACUCCUGUCGUAGUUAAGGAUAGCUCUUCACUGGUUCAUGAUUAGUUCAUAUCUUCAUUAAUCAUGAGUUCAUUUUGAAGUAACUAUUAAUUCAGGUGAAUAUUGUAAAGUGUUACCAUUAGUUGUCUCAGUGUCUAUAGCAGCAUUAGAUAUAUAGCUUAUUAACAGCACCCUCUGCGGUUAGGAUUAAUAUAACAUAGCAUGUGAUUAAAAAUGCUGUUCUGUGCCUACUGACCUAUCUUUUGUAUUAUAUAGUAAUGGUCAUUUUAACACUUCUGCAGUGUUCGGUAUGUAUUUCAGGACCUCAAAUUAUGUUUGCUUAAACUAAAAACAAAAGUUCCUUUCAUUUAAAUGGCAUGACACUUGAUGACUAAGCUCCUACCAUAUCUAUACCUACAAAAUAAACAAAUAAACUGGAAUGAUGUCCGAUUUUAAA